AUGCUUCCUGCAUGGAUCAACUCCAAAAAAUCCGAGAUUCUUGUUUUUCAGGGUAACUAUGAGGCGAUUGGGAGAUUGAGCUUGUUUGCCGCAGAAUUAGGAGACAAGAUUGAGGAGAGGAAAAGACUGUUGGCCUAUAUGCCCUACAAGCCGGUUUUACCCACCAGCUGCCAUCUACCGUUCUCGUUAAACACGAUAGAAGUACUCAGGCAUAUCGCCAUCCAGGCUUUGCAUGGAAGCAUAUCUCGACCCUCGGUCGGAUUAGUCGCUGAAUUGGUGCGAAGUUUUACCACGGCAUCGACCUGUGCAGAUUGGUUCAAGAUCCUGGAAACGAUAUGCAGUCAACUUUCCGAACUCUACAUCAUUUUUGACCUUGGUUUUCACGCUACCGAGGAGCAUGAGUUGCAGCAUUGGCUUCCUGCUUUCCAGGACCUAUUGGGGAAAGUCGAGACUAUUUCUCCACACACUAUCAUCCGGGUGAUGAUAGUCUCCUGUCGGGUUUUGAAAGCACCGCAAACUUCGAAAUACGUGUCCACCAUAGGAGUCACCCCUUUAAACAUGCACCCAGAUCUUAUUCGCACCAGAAACUUUAAUCAACCAGAUAUCCCACAAAAUCUAUGGAUGGAACUGACAGCUUUAGCAUCUCACACGGCGGACCAAACCUCCUCUCCUGAGACAAGCACCACAGCACAGCAAGAGGCUAUGAAUCUCAUUCAUGUCUUCGACUCAACAUUCCAUAACAAAAGUCGAAACCAAGCCGUUACUCAGGGACGGCAGCGAAAACAUGAGACUGAGGGGAAUUCUGAAACUGGGGCGUCUGAUCAUGAUCUUCACCCAGUUUUUACUCAAAUAUAUCAAGGAAAGGAUGCCGCAAACAGUGGUUCCAAGUUGGAAUUUGGAAUCACAAGUUCAGGACAGGAGAAAACCCCCGGUGAAGUCACACAAAGAGCACAAAAAGAAACAAAAAACACUUCUGGGACCAAAGACUCCGCCCCUGCCGAUGUGAAGGACUUCAACAUAGCCAUAUACUGCGCACUUCCUCUGGAAGCUGACGCGAUGAUAUAUCUCUUCGAUAAGAUCUGGGACGGGAGACAAUAUCCAAAAGCCCAUGUGGAUCAGAAUUCGUAUACGUUUGGAGUUAUUAGUGGUCAAAACAUUAUCCUGGUGCAUUUGGCGAGCAUGGGAAAGAAUUCGGCCGCGAUUGCAGCUUCCGGCUGCCGUUUUAGCUUCCCCAAUAUCACAAUAUCUCUUGUAGUAGGAAUCUGCGGCGGGGUGCCCUUUGGAGCAAGAGGUAGAAUUGAGCGUGUCCUAGGCGAUGUCAUCAUAAGCGAGGGCUUGGUUCAGCUCGAUCUGGGCCGACGAUACCCUGGUCGUUUUGCCAGGAAACGCACUCCUCAAGAGAACUUACCACGGCCUUGUUAUCAACUGAGAGGCUUUCUCGCGAGGCUUAAAAGCUCUCAGAAAUUCUGCUCAUUAACAGAGAAGACAAACCAGUACCUCGAGAAUCUUCAUUCACAAACAGUUGCAUUGGGUAACUUUAUUUAUGAAUAUCCUGGGGCUGGAAGAGACGUGUUGUUUCCGCCUUCAUAUUUGCACAAGCACAAGACUUCGGCUCAAUGCCCCUCGUGGGAACGUCCCUGUGGGAUAGAGAACGGGAGCUGCAGGGAAGCGGAAACUUUGACCUGUGAAGACCUGGGUUGCGAAACUCAGAGGGUUAUUCCUCGAAAGCGAUUGACCCCGCGCAGCUUAGAAGAAUCAAGGGCCUCCCAGGGAGAAAUUAGACCAAGUUUUAGCACCGUUAUUCAUAUUGGGAAAGUUGGGUCGGGAGACACGGUUAUGAAAUCUGGCGAAGAGCGCGAACGCAUCGCCCGAGAGGAAGACAUUAUAGCCUUUGAAAUGGAGGGAGUAGGACCAUGGGAAUAUGGACCUUGCCUCAUUAUUAAAGGUAUCUGCGACUAUGCCGACUGUCACAAAUCCAAAGUUUGGCAAAAUUAUGCCGCAGCAGCUGCGGCAGCUUGUACAAAAGCCCUUCUGGAGCAGUGGGAUGCUCCUUGCUCUCUUUAA